CUGCUACCGUCGUCAUUGGAGCAAGGCACAUCGGAGCAAGUCGCUGAAGGAGCGGGCAAGUGCUGCCACGCAGCUGCAAGCGUCCUGGCGAGGAGUUUUGCAACGCCGUGUUGUACAGCAAAAGCGUCAGGAGCAGCAGCUGUGUACUGACUCUGCGACAAAGCUUCAGUCAUUGUGGCGUGGACAUAGCGGGCGGCAGAAGAGCAGACAGGAGCACCUCCGGCGGGCGAGCUCUGCCACAAAGCUGCAAUCGCGUUGGCGAAGGCACCAGCAGCGGAGGAUUAAGAAGGCCAGUGAUAGUCGAGGUCCUGACAUACCCGAAGCUUCCUCAGAGCAGGGCAAGGGCGAGGCAGACCAAGCUGACGUUGGCACCAGCGAAGAUGUGCAGCUGCCGAUUCCGCGAGAGGACGAUCCUGGAUUUCAGGCCAGUGAUAGUCGAGGUCCUGACAUACCCGACGCUUCCUCAGAGCAGGGCAAAGGCGAGACAGACCAAGCUGACGUUGGCACCAGCGAAGAUGUGCAGCUGCCGAUUCCGCGAGAGGACGAUCCUGGAUUUCAGGCCAGUGAUAGUCGAGGUCCUGACAUACCCGACGCUUCCUCAGAGCAGGGCAAGGGCGAGACAGACCAAGCUGACGUUGGCACCAGCGAAGAUGUGCAGCUGCCGAUUCCCCGAGAGGACGAUCCUGGAUUUCAGGCCAGUGAUAGUCGAGGUCCUGACAUACCCGAAGCUUCCUCAGAGCAGGGCAAGGGCGAGACAGACCAAGCUGACGUUGGCACCAGCGAAGAUGUGCAGCUGUCGAUUCCGCGAGAGGACGAUCCUGGAUUUCAGGCCAGUGAUAGUCGAGGUCCUGACAUACCCGAAGCUUCGUCAGAGCAGGACCAAGCGGGCGGCGAAGAUGUGCGGCUCACUGAGGGCGAUCCUGGAUCGCAGGAUGUGGAUGUGGACAAAGAGCCACAGGAACCUGACCAGGAACCCACGUCGCCGUUGGGCGAGGCUGGCGGACCAAAUCAGGCCCACAUGCAGAAGGAAUGCGAUCAGAUCAGCAACGGCAGCCGGGAGACAGUUGCAAGCGAGGGCCACUGGGAGCCAAAGUGCGAUGCAUGGAGCUGUCAUCAGUGCGGCCUUGUCAACGAAGUGAGCCCAGAUAUUUGUGUGCUGUGCGAGCGGCCCCGGGAGAGGCGCCGCGGGAGCCUGGAGAAGCUGGCAGGGUCGGCGAGGCCUCGCCAGCGCUGAAGGCGCCGCCAAUGAUUCUCCAAUGCGCAGGGCUUCGACCAAGAAGGCCUGUGUGCUGCUGGUGCCCCAGCCGGCACAGCCCGUGAAUUCGGCUGAGGUCACACUCGUUUUUUUGUUUUGUUUUUGCCUUGGAG